AUGGAUGAUUUUAUAUUCGAUUCGAUCACCGCUGGACUGGGCGGGCGCGUGUCGGGCGCUCGGCGCGGUGAUGUCGGGCUCCCCAUGAGCCGACUGCUCUGUUGCCUGCGCGCGUGCCGCCCCGACAUGGGCGCCGCACUCUCGCACCCACAGGAAGGCGGCGCAUGUGACGGCGGAGCACCCGCGUCGCCCCCGACGAUGGCGGAUGUGAUAAGGGAGCGCAAGAAGAAGGCGGGCGGCGCGGGACUCGGGACGCUGAGGAGACGCAUCGCGGCCGCGGCGCGUCGGCCUCGGGACGCCCGGCCCGACAGAGGCUGCGAGCACGCGCGCUUCAUCCGCUCGGUGGUGAGCUCGUGGCGCCUGGCGGAGGUGUUCCUGCUGUGCGAGGAGCUGGAGGCGGGCGCCGCGCUGCGCGACCUCGCCACGCAGGCCGAGCUGGCGCGCGAGCCGGCGCCGCGCCUGCACGCCGACCUGGCGCGCCUGCUGCGCGACAGGUGGUGGUGCGACGUGGAAGUAGUGGGCGCGGGCUGGUCGCUACCUGCGCACCGCGUAAUAUUGGCAGCUAGAUGUACUUACUUCCGUGACCUGCUCGUGAGAUACCCUAACUCGUGCCGCAUCCCCCUGGAGGGCGUGGGCGGCGCGCUGUCCCGCGACGAGGUGGAGGCGUGCGUGCUGGCGCUGUACGGCGGGCCCGCCGCCGGCGCCGGCCAGCGCUGCGACCGCUGCAGCAAAUGGGACAGGGGUAUUGACUCGGAGGCAGAGCUGGACAUCAUCAGCGUUGAGAAUUCAACGUUGCGUCGCGGAUGUUCGUGCGGCCGGCCGCGCGUGGACGCGGCGCGGCUGCGGCGCCUCGCGGACCUGCUCGGGUUCUCUCCGGACGCGCUCCACCGCGACAUGCGCUACCUGCUCGACUCCGGCGAGCUGUGCGACGCGCGCCUGUCGUGGCAGGUGGAGGGCGCGGCGGGUGGAGGGGGGCAGUACGGCUUCCGCAGCGCGCUGGAGCUGCCGUGCCACCGCCUGCUGCUGGCCGCGCGCUCCAGGUUCUUCCGGAGUGUGAUGUCCAGGCGCGGCGCCAGCGGAGCGGGCACGGUGUGUGUGGACGAGAAGGUCCUGCCGAGGAGGUUCGCCCGAGCGCUGCUGCACGCCGCCUACACCGACCAGGUGGAUCUCACUCUCAUAGGCAGGACUUCCUCAUCUCCAUCUUCGACCAACAGCAGCGGGAACGGCGGGACGUUGCGAGGCAGCGGUCCAAGAGGGUCUUCGUUACAAAUGUUGGAUGACGCGUUUCAGUUGUACGAGAUAGCCAGGUUCCUGGAGAUGCCGAUAGUGGCGCAGGGGUGUGAGGAUGCGAUGGCUCGCGCCCUCAACGCUGAUACUUUGCCGCAUAUAUUGCGAUGGUCGCAGGCUCCGCACGCCUCCGCCUGGUUACAUCGGCAGGCGAUGCGCUUCCUGCGCGACGAGUUCCCGGCGGCCAUGGCGGCGGGCGCGGCGGGGCGCCUGCCGCGCGGCGCGCUGGCGGCGGCGCUGGGCUCGCCCUUCCUGCAGGCGGGCGAGGCGCAGGCGCUGCGCGCGCUGCUGCGCUGGGCCGAGCGCGCCGCGCAUGGUAUUAUUUGUGUGUCAGGAGCCAGCGCGGGGUCGGAGGGCGCGCGCGCGUGCGUUUCGGCGCGCACGCUGGCGGCGCUGCGCGCGCGCGUGGCCGAGCUGCGCGCCGCCGCGCCCGCGCAGAGGGCGCUGCGCCUGCACGCGCCCGACACGCUGCUGGUGCGGAGACAGAUCGCCCUGCGCGCAGUCCGCGAGAUGUCGCUGCCGGACUCCUGCGCCGACCUACUGUUGGGCGACGCGGACGCGCCGGCCGACCGAGAGGGCAGUGCGGAGUGGGAGGGGGGCGCCCGCGUACCGUCUGCUGGCAGGAGCGACGGCGACGACGACUGCUGCAGAUCCGGUUCCGGUUCGUUGCUUUGCGUUUCCGGCGGAUCGUCGACCAUCGCCUCUAUUGAUAACAACCAACGCGCUGGAACUUGCAGAAGGGAGCUUCCGGCGCGACCUUCAGACACUCAUCUCAGGAGUGGCAGCUGGAAUCGUGCUAGACUGUCGGCCGCGGUUCCGGACGUCGCGAUGGCUCCGAACGCCAAUACCCACCUCCUGACGGCCAGGGACUACCCC